AAUGGGAGGUGAAUUUGAGGUGUUAGGGUUCCAAGCACUUUCUCAACGGUUGUUUGCGCGGGUUGCGUAGGUCAGACACUUCCAAACAAACAACACUGAGAGUUUCUUGUUUUUACAACAACAGCGCCUCUGCCUCUGCCUCUGCCGCCAACCCAAAACCUCAAAACUCCCGCACAUUCAAUCGCAGGGAAAGAUAAUCAUGGAAGGCAAUAGCAAUAGCAACGCCAAAGACCAGAACCAAAUCGUGGAUGUCCGCUCGGUGGUCGAAGCCGUCUCCGCCGACGACUCCGACGCCCCCCUCUACCGAGUCGAAAGCCUCUGCAUGCGCUGCGGCGAAAACGGUACUACCAGUUUUCUGCUGACUCUGAUUCCACACUUCAGAAAGAUUUUGCUUUCGGCUUUCGAGUGCCCGCAUUGCAAUGAGAGGAAUAAUGAGGUUCAGUUUGCUGGUGAGCUCCAACCCAAAGGUUGCUGCUACCAGUUGGAGGUGCCUUCUGGCGACCCCAAGAUGCUUAAUCGACAAGUGGUGAAGUCUGAGUCUGCUACUAUUAAGAUUCCCGAAUUGGAUUUUGAGAUUCCUCCGGAGUCUCAGCGUGGAUCUCUGUCAACGGUUGAGGGGAUAUUGUUACGAGCAGCAGAUGAAUUACAAGCACUUCAAGAAGAACGCAAGAAAGUGGAUCCUCAGACUGCUGAAGCCUUGGACCAGUUUUUGUUAAAGUUGAGAGCCUGUGCUACAGCAGACUUGUCCUUCACCUUCAUUCUUGAUGAUCCAGCUGGAAACAGCUUUGUUGAGAACCUGUUUGCUCCAUCCCCUGAUCCAUCAUUGAGUAUAAGGUUUUAUGAGCGAACUCCAGAGCAACAAAAAACAUUAGGGUAUGUUGUUGAUGCAGCAUCAACAGAAGCGGUUAGCACUUCUGACCAAGUACAAAGAGUCCCACAUGGCUCAAUUGGAGCAGCAGCUGGUCAUCGGGCCAUUGCUCAGAGUAAUAGUGCUGAAAUUGCUGAAUCUUUGUUUCGAUACACAGCUCCAGAGGAGGUGAUGACUUUCCCAUCAACAUGCGGAGGUUGUACUGCUAGGUGUGAAACUCGAAUGUUUGUCACCCACAUUCCAUAUUUUCAAGAGGUAAUUGUCAUGGCAUCCACCUGUGACAAUUGCGGUUACCGCAAUUCUGAGUUGAAGCCUGGUGGACGAGUUCCUGAGAAAGGAAAGAAAAUUAUUCUUCGUGUGAAGAAUGUUAAGGAUCUUAGUCGUGAUGUAAUAAAGUCAGAUACUGCGAGCGUAAUAAUUCCAGAAAUUGAGUUGGAGCUGGCUAGUGGCACUCUGGGAGGGGUUGUUACAACUAUUGAAGGCUUGAUAAUGAAAAUUAGUGAAAGUCUUGAAAGAGUGCAUGGAUUUAGUUUUGGAGACAGUAUUGAUGAGAAUAAGAAAAGCAAGUGGCUAAAUUUUCACACAAGCCUGAAAAAGCUUCUGUGUUUAGAAGAGCCUUGGACUUUAAUUCUUGAUGACGCAUUGGCUAAUUCUUUUAUUGCACCAGCGACUGAUGAUAUAAAAGAUGACCAUCAGUUGAUGUUUGAGGAUUAUGAGAGGUCAUGGGAGCAAAAUGAAGAAUUGGGUCUGAAUGACAUCGACACCUCUUCCGCUGAUGCUGCUUACGAUUUGAAAGAUGGUGCUGUAACAGAGAAGUCGGCGGUGUAAUUCUAUUACCCUUUUCUCUUCCCAUUUUUUCCGACGGGAAAGGAAUGCUAUGUACUAAUUCGAGCUUGUGUAACUUUACUAUGUAUGAGCUCAUGCUGCUAUGUGAAAUUUGCAUGGAAUAUUAAUGUCCAUUUCUAUGGUACUAAAUGAUCGAACU